CUCAACGAAUGACAUUGACCUGUUCACCGGGAUGUUGCAUGAACGCCCAACGAUCGGUAUUGUCGGCCCUACUAUACGCUGUUUGUUGGGAAUUCAGUUUAAACGGCUGAAGGAGGGUGAUCGACAUUUCUUCGACAACAAUGAGCCGAAUUCUAGAUUCAAUGAUGCUCAACUUGCUGCCAUAAGGAGAACGACGCUGGCCGAACUGAUGUGCAACAACUCAGACCUGAAGGCCGUCCCUUCGAAUGUGUUUCUUGCUAUAUCCGAAACGAAUCGUUUGGUUCCAUGCGCGAAGUUCAGACAGUAUCGACUGAACCUGAACCUCUUCGUCGAGUGA